GCGCUGACAGUGGUAUACGCAGCGAGUUGGCAGCCUGGACGCACAAAAUGUAAACAGGAAAAAAAAUCGAGAAAAAUACAAAAACAAUACAGACAAAAAAUUAAGAAGCGCGUGAAGAAAAAGAUAAAAAAUUUGUGCAAACGAACGCAGGGGAAUAAUUAAAAGCGUACACACACCUUGGACAUGUCCAAUGAGCGUGUGGACACGGGCAAGGAGAUGCCCGGGUCAGUGCCAGUCCCAGUCCAAGUACAAGAUGUGGAGCUGCCCACAAUAUCCAUGUCCAUGCCCACGAUGCCCGUGUCGAAGGGUAUUAUGAUAACACCGCCACCCCCCUUGAUGCCACCAACGCCGACAUCGUCGCCCAACACACAUGGCGAGUGGCCCAAUCUGAAUCCCAACGCGAACGCAUUCCAGCUGAGCAGAGACAGAGGUGGAGUUGUAGGUGGAGGUGGGGAACGGGAGCGGGAACACUUUGCCCUGCCGCACCUACCGCCACUACCAUUAAACGUUGACUAUCUACCGAGCCUGAGCCUCAUUCAUCCAAGCACACUGCCAUCGAGCAGCAAGAGCUUCAAGAUGCGUCCCCGCAUGAAACGUCUGAUGUAUUGUAGUUACAACAAUAUACUGACCGAAUCAAACAAUCGCAAGCUGCGAACAGCUGCUUCCACCUGCAAUAUUGAGCUGCUCAACCGCAUACUGGAAUCGGGAGGUAAUCCCAAUGCCGCCGAUGAGUACAAUCGCAGUCCGCUUCAUUUGGCGGCCUGUCGAGGUUAUAUUCCGAUUGUGCAACAGCUGUUGAAGUACGGCGCCAAUCCAAAUGUUGUCGACUCGCUGGGCAACACACCGCUCCACCUGGCGGUCAUCUCGGCCAGCUCGAACAACUUCAAUGUGGUGGUCCGGGUCCUGUUGCAGGGCGGUGCCAGUGUCCAUAUGUUUGAUCGCAGCGGUAAGUCACCCUUGGAGCUGGCCGAGGCGAAGUUGCGAUUGCUGCGCAAUCGCUAUGAUCAUCCGACGCCUGAGACAGCCAAGAUUCUGGAGGAUAUGUGCAUGCUGACAACGCUCAUAUUGCGCUACAUGGUGAAGCAGCAGCGGGAGCUGGAGGAUCUGUCGGCGCUGGAGAAGCGACUGCAGAACCUCAGCACCAGUGAUGAUCAGGAACAGGUUGUCUCCCAGACAGCCGAUGAGCUGCUCGCCAGUGUCGAGCGUUUGUCCAUCAACAACAAAUAAAAAG